AAUCAACCGAAAAGCAAAAUAAUAGAGUACUGCGAAUCAUUAUCGAUUUCUUAAAAGAUUUUCUUUACAUUUAUUUAAAAUUUACACUGUACGCCAUUUUGGUUUAUAUCGUAUUUUAUUAUUAUGAUUUGUAUUUUAGUUAAUGUGUAAUUUGUGUUAAUAUCGAGACUAUGUUUUGUGCUGUGAAGUGAAAAGUGCGAAAGAAACAAACGUAUUGUGCUUUUGAAGAAAAUAUAUCGAUUAAUAUACAAUGAAGCGAUCGCGGCACAGAUGGCUGGGAUUCAGUUUAUUUUGCGUGACACUCGCAGUUUUAUCGGUUGAUCUACCCACUACAGCCGCAGUCAGAGCCACAUCCUUGAUCCGUGCGAAGACCACCACAACCACAGCAGCUCCGGAUGAAGAACCGACGGCUCCAGAGGAUGAAGUUCAGGUGGAGACAACGGGAGAGGGGAGCGAGACGAAUACGACGAGCAAGCUGACCGGGAUACCGCAAAUUGAUUACUUGCUGGAUCCCAACUUGCCCCGGGAACUGAACGGAUACAAUCUGUCUGAAUACCCGUUUUACGAGGCCGUACCCCCACCGGAAACCAUGGAUUUCAAAUGCGAUGGUCUCCAUGAUGGUUUCUAUGCGUCAGUUCCCCAUAAAUGUCAGGUCUACCAUCACUGUCUCUUCGGCACCAGAUACGACUUCCUGUGCGCCAACUACACAGCCUUCGAUCAGAAGACCUUCAUCUGCCAUUUUGUAUCGGAGGUUGAUUGCAAGAACUCGCCGAAUUACUUUAGCAGAAACGAAGCUCUCUACAAAGCAGCUUCAACAGAACCACCACCGCCGCCUCCUACCACAACUACAACCACUACUACUACCACCCGACCACCUAGACCAGCGCGUCGUCGUCCUCAUCCUCGCUAUGAAUAUUACGAUGAUGAAUAUGACUACCAAUAUGACGACAGAAGCGAAAGAAGACCAAGACCACGUAGACCUGGCAAGCGGAGGCCACUUGAUGAUUAUGAUGACAGAUAUGAUACCCGCUCGAGACCAAGAGAUGAGCCUGUAGAGGAUUACGAAGACAGGAGAUCAUACGACAGACCACGAGCUAACAAAAGACCGUAUCCAGAUUAUAGGCGACCUUACGACGACGAAGACAGAAGGCCCUAUAAAGGUGGAAGGAGACAAAACCGACCAAGAGAUGAAGAGGAACAGAGAUAUACUCCUGAUGAUGACGCGGAUAGACCCAGAGGAGGUAAAAGAGGCGAGUAUCGACCGAGAGAGAAAAGCAGGCCAAGAGAUGAUGAAAGAGUUAGAGAUGAAAUUAGACCUAGAGAUGAAUCUAAAUUUAAAGAUGAUGAUAUAAGACCAAGAGAUGAAAACACUAGAGGUGAAGGUAACUCUCGGGAUGAUAUUAAUCCACGCGAUGAAAUCAGAUCCCGCGAUGAAAUUAGACCUCGAGACGAAAUCAGGCCACGUGAUGAAAUCAGACCACGUGACGAAAUUAGAUCACGUGAUGAAAUCAGACCACGUGACGAAAUUAGAUCCCGUGAUGAAAUAAGGCCACGUGAUGAAUUUAAAUCCAGGGACGAAAAAAGACCAAGAGAUGAAAUCAGACCACGUGAUGAGAGAAGGCCAUUUAGGGAUGAAGCAAUGGACCAAGAAAGCAAACCAAAGGAAAACAGACCGAGAGAUGAACGUUACCAAUCAAAUGAAGGCAGAAGAUUAUACGACAGGCCUCUUAGGAACAGAGAUGACAGGCCAUACUCAAAGUCUGAAAGAACUAAUGAUGAAGACGAAAAAGUACAAGAAGAGAAACGGCAAGCCCCUACGGCCCCUGAAAACCAACCUCUAGUAAAACCAAACGGACAUGGCAUAUUCAGUAAGCCAAGAAUGCCGCCUAAAAUCAAACGACCGGUCCCAGUGAGUGAAAAACAAAAAUAUGAGUACGUUCCAAUAACAACGACCAAAGCUCCACCGAAACAUGAGGACGAAUAUUAUGAUUAUUAUGAAGAAGAGGAUGUGAGGAAACCGAUGCCUUCUGCGAAAACAAGUACAAUCCAACAGAGGCCCAAAUCGGAACCGGUUGAAAAAGAAAAAUUUAAGCCAACAAGACCUCAUUACCCCAGUGCAGCUGAUAAAGUCAAAAAGACAAAAAAACCUAUAGACUAUGAAGAAGAAGAGUACUAUGAUGAGCCACCAACAAGAUCUCAGAAGUAUUCAUAUAAUCCAUUCAAUAGAGAUCGACCCCCUAAAUCAAAAGAUGAUGAUUAUUACUACGAUGAAAAAGAAAAGACAACAGAAAAAUCAAGAAGGAAAAAUGUUGAAGAAGAUAUCACUGCAAAAGUAAAAGAUGUGAGGCCAAAUGUCAAAAUUGUAAGGAGGCCUUUUUUACCGUCUAGGGGUGGGAGUCCGUAUCUUCCAAGAGGGCUACAGCCAGUAGCUGGAAAAGAUCUGAGCUCACCACCCAGUACCACCCCUAAACCUACCACCACUUCUACUUCAACCACAACUACUACUACUACUACUACUACUACGACCACGACGACACCAGAACCACCAACAACUAGGACUAUCCCAAGUACGACAACAGAACGUUUGACAACAACUAUCGCUACUCAAAAACCAACAGUCACAUCCGUUCCUGAAGAAGAAUACGAAUAUUAUGAUGAAGAAGACAUUGAAUAUGAAUCUAAAAAUAAUAAGGAACCAGCGACAACAGUUGAGGUUACACCUGCUGUAAAUAAAAAGAACCCCCCACCUCCAGCAACAACAACAACAACAACAACAACCCAAGAAACAACGACAGACGAAAAAGCGAAACUUUUAGCUACAAAAGUAUUAAGAAACUUUAACGACAAUUACGAAGCAAUAAAAGAAAAACUCGAAUCCACACUAUCCCCAGGGGAUUACCUCAAACCGUAUUUGGGACAAACACAAAAUCAAUAUAGGGAGGUUAAAACGAACAAACCGGAACCGAAACCGGAAAUAUCAAAAGGCUACACAGCGACCGGUAAACCGUUGAAAAUACCGGACAUCAAACAGAAUCUGGCUGAUUCAAUUGAAAACGACUAUGACGUCAGGUUAAACGAAGCUCUAGCUCCAAACAUACCAGUGAGAAUACCCAGUGGAUUCAUAGUUCCUGCUGAUAGAGAUUACGCUUUUUCAAGAUUUAGAAAUAACCUACACUCAGAACCUCAAUACGCUGCGUCCGAAAUCACUCACUAUCAAGUUAGAAAACGACCUACGAUAUCCGGAGUCAGUAUUAGAACGCCCUCAUCCUAUUACAUUCAACCUCAAAGGGUGGUUUAUGAUGAAAGCCUCGUGAGACCAGCUCGGCAAUUGGUUUAUCGAAAGUUUAGCGAUUUAUUUUAAUAAUGUGCUUUAGGUUACCUUUGAGAGAUGUAAAACCUUCGCGCAUCAAAUCAGAUGCUAAAGGUUUUGACGAUAGCAAACAUUAGUGUAACAAGUACUGUGAAAUGUUUAAGCGAUUUUUAUCAAGUACAGAAUUCAUUAUAGAUAUAAUAUUCGUAUAUUGAAAUAUAUAUUUAUAUAUUUAUUAUUACAUUAAAAAAGUUAUUUAUUUGUCAGUAAAAAUCAUUGUGCUAUUAAUUUAUGAAUUUUAGAAGAAAUACAAAUGAUUUGGACUGAAAUUAGUCCGACAUAACUAAAUAACACUUGCAUUAUUUUUCGAGUAACUUUAUUUCACAAUAUUUGGUUUUAUCGGUCUCAUCUUCAUCAUGUCAGCCGAAAGACGUUCACUGCUGGACAAAGGCCUCCCCAAGGAUUUCCAUAUUGGCCGGUCUUGCGCUGCCCGCAUCCAACGGCUUCCCGCGACUCUUUUUAUGUCGUCAGUCCAUCUUGUAGAGGGCCUGCCCACGCUGCGUCUAUUUUAUUUUAUCACUCAAUAUAUAGUAUUCGAUAGGAAAUACAUAAUAGAAGAAUUUAAUGUAACUCAUUUUUAUUAAAAUAACGCAAUGAAUUUUUAAAUGUAUUUUGAAAGACAGAAAUUUUAAAGUCCAAAGAACCAAUUGGAUUCAGGAUCUUGGAUGUAUAAUUUUCUUCACGUUUACCAAUCUUGCUGUCGUUAUCAAUUAUUACUGUCUUGUACAUUAAAUCUGAAAUUUACGUCAUCGCUCAACAUAAAUGAUGCGUACAAAAUCUAGGGCAAAUCAUUAAGAACAGUUUUGCCAGAUAUAUUAACGUUCUAGUGAUCCACUUAGGAUCAUGUCAGGACCUACUCCAAUAACAAAGUGUUACUGUAUCGCAAUCGAAUCGAAACGUAAUCGUUGCCAAUUAACCGUCUUUCUAUUCUACUGCCAAACCAGCUGUGAUCUGGCCGAAGUUGGAUCGAAAUUGAAUCGGAAACGUAUCGUAACCGUUAUACGUUAGUCGAACUGGUUGAUGUCAUAGUAUUUUUCUCAAUCAAUAGGUUGUCUACUGCACUAAUAAUUUCACUAGACUAGUAAGGCUUAAAGAUUUGAAUUUAAUGAGAUUAAUGCGUGCAAACAAACAAACUGCUGCUGUAUUUAAUCGAAUACUCUUAGUUACCUAUUUUUUAUGUUAAGUUGCUAGUAUUUUUCAAAGGUUACCAAAAGUAUUCAUUAUCCGCACAGAGAAUUUGACGUUCAAAUUGAAUGAUUGUUAUAAUUAAAAACGUCUAAUACUUUGUUGUUCGAUAAAAUAAAUAAACUUAUUGGUAAAAAUUUUGUAAUUAUAUACGUAGUUUAGGAUUUUGUAAAAAUUUAAU